UUCAGCGCCGCCUGAUCCGCUGUGCGCGACAGCGAGGGUGAGUUCGCUCUGCCUUGGCCUGGUCCGCAGCCUGAGGUCAUAGGUGGCAUCUUGGCUGGCGUACGCAGCUCGGGAGUUGCGGACUUGGUUAGCUAGCGACUUCCCGGGACACCGGCUUCUCUCUGGGCGAGGGGCGCAGGGACCUCGGUCCCGGGCCUCUUCCCGCCAAGAUGGCGGCGUCCCGCGCGCACUGUGGCUGCUAAGAGAGAGGUGAAGCUCAGUGGCUGCGGAGCGAGUGUGUGGUCGCCCUGCUGACUUCGAAACGCCCGCGGUCUGCGUUUCCCGGCGAACGCUGGGCACGUCUGUACAGUUUCCAUAUGGUGGCUGUCUGAUUUUGCAGUCCCACAAGCAAGUCCACAGAGGUUCCAGUCUCCACCCAGGAGGGGACCUGACACUCUCUUCUGGCUGCCCUUGGUGCCUGCAUUCAUGCUCACAUGCAUGCGUGUCUAUACAUAAUUAAAAAAAUUUCUGAGAAGCUUCUAUAAUGGUCUGUUCAACCUUCAUCCGAGCUGCCCAUGAACACAUCUACCUAGUAAGGAAGAUCAGUCGUGUCUUCAAAUGCCAUCAGCGUCGGGCUUGGGGCUCAAGGCCAGCUGCAUCCCAGUUUCCUGCCCAAGGUACUCCAGGCAGUGUGAUAGAGCUGCUGGGAAAAUCCUACCCUCAGGAUGACCACACCAACCUUACCCAGAAGGUCCUUUCUAAGGUGGGCAGGAACCUGCACAACCAGAAGUACCACCCUCUGUGGCUGCUCAAGGAGCGGGUAAAGGAGCACUUCUACCGGCAGUAUAUGGGCCGCCCCAGGACCCCUCUGUUCUCUGUCUAUGACCAGUUGCCGCCAGUGGUCACCACCUGGCAGAACUUUGAUAGCCUGCUAAUCCCAGCAGACCACCCCAGCAGAAAGAAGGGGGACAACUAUUACCUGAACCGGGAGCACAUGCUGAGAGCACACACGUCAGCACACCAGUGGGACUUGCUGCAUGCAGGACUUAAUGCCUUCCUCGUGGUAGGUGACGUGUACCGGCGUGACCAGAUUGACUCCCAGCACUACCCAGUUUUCCACCAGCUGGAGGGUGUCCGGCUCUUCUCCAAGCAUGAGUUAUUUGCUGGUGUGAAGGAUGGAGAAAGUUUGGAACUCUUUGAAGAAAGUUCUCGCUCUGCUCAUAAGCAAGAGACACACACCAUGGAGGCCGUGAAGCUUGUGGAGUUUGACCUUAAACAAGUACUGACUAGGCUUAUGACACAUCUUUUUGGAGAUGGGCUGGAGGUCCGGUGGGUGGAUUGCUACUUUCCCUUCACCCAUCCUUCCUUCGAGAUGGAGAUCAACUUCCAUGGAGAAUGGCUUGAAGUCCUUGGCUGUGGAGUGAUGGAGCAGCAGCUCGUCAAUUCAGCUGGUGCUCAAGAUCAAAUUGGCUGGGCGUUUGGUCUCGGGUUAGAAAGACUGGCAAUGAUCCUCUACGACAUCCCUGACAUCCGCCUCUUCUGGAGUGAGGACGAGCGCUUCCUGAAGCAGUUCCACGUGUCAGACAUCAAUCAGAAAGUCAAGUUUCAGCCUCUUAGCAAGUACCCUGCUGCGUUCAAUGACAUUUCAUUCUGGCUGCCCUCUGAGAAUUACAUGGAGAACGAUUUCUAUGACAUCGUCCGAACAGUCGGGGGAGACCUGGUGGAAAAGGUUGAUCUUAUAGACAAGUUUGAACAUCCAAAGACACACAGGAUCAGCCACUGCUACCGCAUCACCUACCGCCACAUGGAGCGGACACUGUCCCAGAGAGAAGUCAGCAGUGUCCACCAGGCUGUGCAGGAGGCCGCCGUGCAGCUGCUGGGUGUGGAGGGCCGUUUUUGAUGUCCUGGUUUUCAGGCUGCAGCCCUCAUGGAUCCCCAAGACUCACUGGAAAUGGGGAAAGAUAUUGUUUGUGAGCUGGAGGAUCUGUCAUCUUUUGAUAAAUGCGUCUGCUUUAGGACUUUCAGGAAAUAAAGGAUUACUUUUGAGAAGCA